AUGAAGUUCUUCAAAUUCUUCCCCCUCGCCAUCCUGCCCUUCACGGCACUGGCAAUCCCAGCCCCAGACGCCGUCUCCAAACCACCCAGCGAGCUCGAACUGACCGACUUCCAACUCGCCAACGCCCUCGUCUCACGACAGAACAACGCGAAUCUGUCAAAUCUCGGCGACCUUCUCGGCGACCUGACUAAGUCCCUCGGAGCGGUAAAGGAUCUCCUGUCCUCCGAAAGCCUGAACAACAUCCAGACUAUCGUGACAGACCUCUCGUACCUUCUUAAGCAGCCUACCGCGAAGGAAACGAAGAAUCUGAUUAGCACCGUGAGCUCUUUGCUGAACUCCAAGGGUGUGAAGAAUCUGGUUGAUCAGUUGCCGGACCUUUUGGAUGAUGUCGGUGGGCUGGUGACUCCUCAAUUGGUUAACAAUGUGACCGAUCUUCUGGGGAAUGCGCACGAUCUCUUGACUAAGGAAUUCGUUGGAAAUACGAAGGGGCUGAUUAAUGACGUUGCUCCGCUGGUAUCCGCCAUAUCUCAGGUCAUUACGGCCCUGUUGUCGAGUAUUUUGGGAUAG